UCUUUUGGAGGAAAGAGGCAAAACAAUCUUUUAUCCUUCUGACCGGGCGGCUUUUGGAUAUCCUGGGUGGUGGUGGUGGUGGUGGUGGUAGUGGCGGCUGAAGAACUUUACAUGUAGACUAGUUUGGAGCAAAGACAAUUCACAUCUACUCUCGACAAUCUUCAUAAAUGCAUCUAAUUCCAGCAGUUUGCACUAAAACCAUCGAAAAGCUGGUUUCAUUUCUUUAAUCACUCGCUCUGUCUGAACAUGGACUCCAGAUAUAUGGACAAGUCAAGGGUCGGUGGCGUAGACUACAGCUUUCGGACAGGCCGCCCUGUGCUCCGCGACAGCCCAGAUAAACACGGCCACACGCCGGCGUACAGCCACGGCUCCGUCCUUUACACAUUUGUAUUGGAUCCAGCAGCUGAGGGCAAAGGCGAGGAAACUUCUACAAAAGGGAACGGACUGUCUUCGGGGGAACGAUUAUUGCACGACACAGUGAAGAUGGGCCGGGGGGACCAAAACAAUGCUGGUUCUGUAGAGGUUCUCAGGAAGGCCAGCACCUUUCACUGCCCAGGGGUCAAUGGGCAGGUACCAGGAGGACUAAUGCACUUGGACAUCAGGAACCCAGGGAACCAGGCCGAGCUGGGACAUGGGCAAGGAUCAACCCCAACAGAAAGACAGCCCCACUCCUGCCAUAUACCAGUGCCCAGGAACAGGAAGCCGUCAGGCCAUGCCGAUAAGGAGGUGAUGGCAGCAACCGUCCUGACCUCUUUAUCCACUUCACCAAUGGUGCUCCAGCCUUCUUCUGCUCCUACAGUACCAGAACCAGCGAGCAGAGGAUGGAAAGAGGUGCUCUCUGCCAGCUACAGCAGCUCUACCAGCGGCAACUGGAGCUGGGAUGCCAGCGACCAAUCAGUGCCCUCCACACCAUCCCCACCUCUCUCCAAUGAAAACAAGAACUUCCUGCUCACAUCCAACACCGAUGACAUCAGCGAAGACAUCCACGAGAGCACGCACUUCAUGUUUGAGGACCCCAUACCUAGGAAAAGAAAGAACUCCAUGAAGGUGAUGUUCAAGUGCUUAUGGAAGAACUGUGAAAAGGUCCUCAGCACCUCCUCAGGGAUCCAACGACACGUCCGCACCAUGCACCUGGGACGUAACAGUGACUCGGACUACAGUGACGGGGAGGAGGACUUCUACUACUCAGAGAUUGAGGUGAACAUGGACAGUCUGACGGAGGGCCUGUCCAGCCUCACACCCACCUCCCCCACCACGGUUGCUCCUCCCCCCGUCUUCCCCUCACCCCUUUUUGACGUCCCACACUCGGAACACAUCAGUGUGAACGGGUCUCAGAACCAUGCCCCCACACUGCUCAGCCAAUCAGCUCCCUCCACCCUCUGCCACAUCCGCACUGACCACGCCUACCAGGCCACUGCACCGGUCAGUAUCCCAGUGGUUCCUGAGCUGGCGGGGUUAGGCAAUACUAACGGCACCGGCCCUUUAACCGAGAGCAGCAAUGGCAUCAGUGUGUCAUGGCAGUCCCCUCCGGUCAUUUUCAAAGGUGUCCCGGGCCCUGUGAACCAUGUCCGAACUGUGAGCACUGGUGAGAAGCGUCAGCCUGCCCCCAGCACACACGCAGCUGUUACCAAAAGCCAUGCAUUAAUCACACCAGUUUCUAAAGCCACAUCGGGAACCAGGAAACCACGUGGUGAGGCAAAGAAGUGUCGAAAAGUGUAUGGUAUGGAGAAGAAGGAAAUGUGGUGCACGGCCUGCCGCUGGAAAAAGGCCUGUCAGAGAUUCACCGACUAACCCCUCGAUUUCUGCCACAUGAGCUCUUCCUCAUUCCAGGCCACAGCCCGGUGGACGCUUCCGUUCACACACAGGGGAGGCUUCCAGCGAGGCUGAAACUGCAGAUCAGACUGGGUUCACCUUUCCAAACAUCAAAAGAAAAUUGGUUGCUUAAAACAAAAACGGAAAUGGGAUUUUUGUCAGGUCUGAGACUUUUUAUAUCAUUGAGACAAUUUUGAUAAAUUUGAAAACAUUUUUAAGAAACAAUUAAGAGGUUAGCGUACUCCUUUUUUGGCAAGCAGCAUUCAAGACAGCAACUAAGCUUUUUGCAUGUUGUUCACAAAAGAAGCAUUAUAUAUAAGCUACUGUUUCGAGUUGGAUCAAAACUCUCAAGGGUUCCACAUAAUUUCUUCCUCUGUAGCAUCUGUUUUUCCAUGGUCACUGUUUAAGGGACAGCUAGGUUAACCAAAUGCAACAUGCCAGCACAGUUACAUUUAGUACAUUUUAGUGGGAGCUCUGUGCCAAUGUAAUACCCCCGUCCCACAGCAUUAUACAUACUGGAGUUCAGCUGUUUCUGUGUCGCCUGACUGUGACAUUAUAAUAAUAUUCACUCUCCUGGACACUGUGGUGAACACACAUUUCUAAAGACAGCAUAGUUGAACACACAUUUCUAAACUUAGAACAAUGGGAAAUGUUUUCAUCUCUUCCUCUUUACAUCUGUACCUAGUUAUAAGCACCUUGAAGAACUCCUCAUGGUGUAAUGCCACUGUUCUCCCAGUUUUUACUUCAAUUUUAUUUUUCACCAUUACAAAAAUGCAGGAUUUCAUUUAAAAAAAAUGUUGAAUGUGAACUGCCAUGUCAAUUUUCUCCCCGUUUCGACAAAUCAUGAAACCACAGUGUGGCCAACAUCUUUUUUUGCAGUUAAUUUACAAUUAACUUCUGGCCAAUCACAAGACAAACAUGGUAGAUUCAACAUGGUAGAAAAUUCAGAGAUUGUUUUGUUAAAGAGUUUCACUGUUCCCUAAAUGCAGCUUUUAAAUAUCAGUCCGUUAGAUUACAUUAGCAAUUGUAUUAGCAUGACACAGUUUUUGUAAUAAGUAUAAAGCCCCCUGUUAACAUAUACAGUGUUUUUUCCCAGUAGGAGUCAGCCCUAUGACCAGCCUUUUGAAUGUACACUCCCUCUUGUCCCCUUUUCUUAAGCCCUUGUUACUUGCGUUUCCUGGUUACCAGAGUCGCAUCCCCCCACACAGACACAGCUCCGACUGAUGCUUAUGACUUCUGUCGUCAUAGAAACAGUUGUUUUCCAUGGUUGCAGAGAGAGAUGUUGAAAGAGAGAGUUGCUGUAGUCCAGAUUAUAUAUAGUUGAAAUGAAAGGUAAAAUUGGUUUCUAACCAUAUAUACUGUAAGAUCUUCACCAUGUAUGAAUCCUAUGGAAUGUUAGUGUAAAAAUGGCUUUUGCAACUAUUUCUUUCAACAGCCCUUGACCAUAUUUACUCUAGCUACAUAAUUGUCUAGGUUAUAGCUUGGGGUAGGGUUAGUUACUGGUAGUUGGUUAAGUUUCUGUACUUUUAAAUAUAGUUCAAAGCCUUCUAUUGUGUCCCAUAUAAGCUCUACCCCUCUGAGUGGGUCCCAGACCUCGUCAGGUCAAAUUCACAAAGUGCCAAUGAUGAGAACACACUACUACAGUAGUAUCUGACUUACUUACAGUUUUGUACUGUGUUGCUCUGCAUACAGUUCAUUGUGAUUAAUGUACAUCAUUGUCCAUUACUGCCCCAUAACAUGCCUCCCGCAUUGAUUGAUUGCUGUCUUAGGCCUUGACUGUAGUAUUGAAUGGUAUAUCAGUGGUACAGGGAAGUUGUGUGGUACAAGCACGAACCCAAGUUGCUCUUGCUUUUGAUUCAAUUCAGCUUUUUAAGGAGGCUGAGGAGAUUACUGUGUGAAUGCAUCUCUACUUUAGUUUGCCAAAUCGAUCCCUUACCAUUGUCUGGCUCAUUACAGCAGAAGAUCCUAUAACUAGCCAUUAUUCCACCUUUUACAAGUUGCACUGCUAGUUGCAAGUUGCAAGCUAUUAUAUCAAUAUAUCUUGCCUGCAAUAUUUUCUUUUUGACAGUGAUCCAGCUUGUUUUGGUUUAGAGAAUCAGAUAAUUGUUUUGUGGAGAAAGAGGCACUAGACAGUGUUGACAUGAUUUAGAUGGAUUUGCGGUUUCAGGGCUUUCUUGUAAAUAUGCAACGUAAAGAGAACAGUGAGGCUUUUUAUUGAUUUAUUGUUGGUUUCUUCUUGUAUCUCGAAAAGGAAACGUUUUUUUCUACAAUAUUGUUCAAGAUAUUCUUUCUUUCUUUUUAUAAGCAAGAAGCUAUAGUGAAUAUAACAUGUAUGAUGUAGCUUAGUGGCAAAGUGGAGAAAACCAGUUGAAUGUAAAAUCUACACAAUGAAAAAAAAAAAGUAAUGUUUGUUGUUGUUUUUUGCUGGUUAGUUUGUAGGCUCUUGUCUUGAUUCAUCUGUAAACCGCCACACUUCAUAUCAGUCGCCCAACCAUGCAGUAUUGCUUUAUUUUCUGACUUGUGCAAUGCAACAACUUUUAACAGUUUUUUUUUUUAUUUCUUCUUGCCAAAUUAGUCAUGUAUACAGCUCUGGAGAAAAAGACUACUGCAAUUUUUCUGAAUGUCCUCAACUCAAAUCCUUAUUACAAUUCUAAAGUGAAUUUUCUGUUUACCAUAUUGCAUGACUAUAAACAUGACUAUAUUUUGAAGUGGUCAUAUUUUCAGAUCUGCUACAUGUGGUGACGUUUUUAUGUAAAUGUUUGGAUAGACAGUACCAUCGAAAACUUCAUUAACCUGUCUGACACAUUCCAACAGGCUGCAUUUUUUUCUUUGUCUUCCACUCAAUUAGAUGUCAUCUUUAUCCAGCUUUACUGUGGUCCCACUCAAGCCUUUUACCCAGUAUAUUAAGCUAUGUAAAGCCCUUCAAAUGUGCAUUAUAUUAAAAAAGAGCGCCUUGAGUUCCCCAAAAAACGAUAGCUGCUUACUUGUGUUGAAUGUCCGAUGUGUGUGUCAAACCAGCAGCGACAAAGCUUCCAAAUCAAGUGUAUCAUGCAAUGUAACGGCAGCUCUGCAAGUCUCUCUCCUUCUAUUGUGCUGCAGCCCCAAAGUUUGAAAAAGUUACGUUGUGUAAAAUGUCAAAUUA